AUAGAAGGCGAGUUGGUGGAAAAUGACUGUCGCGAGGCUCUUAUCUGGGGGUGAAAUUAGACAUUUCCACCAUGAGUUGAGUUUUGCUUUUUAUUAAAAUAGUUUUUUUGUCUUUUUUGAACGUUGACCGCCCAGCUCCGGAGAAACUGUGUUGACAUUUGAGGAUUUGCAAGGCAUUUACUACUGUUUUCCUUUGCGUCGGAACAGUGCCCGACACCGAUAACCGUUAGUUCUUUUCCGCAGCCAGAAUGCCGCGGGACAACAAAACUCCUCUUAUCCAGAAAAUAGGAAAGCAAGCAUGCAUCGCCUUUAAAGGCUUGAAGUCUUCGGCCAACGGGGAUAAUAAACUUGUUGCAGACCAACAGAGUGAACUAAUCUCGUUAGUGACCGCGGUCAGGGCUGCUGACCUGAAAAUUGCUCCCCGGAAAACCAAACCGAGCUCCGUGGCAGCGGAGCUCCAGAGCCCCCCUGUCACCUACAUGCACAUCUGCGAGACGGAGGCGUUCAGCAUGGGGGUGUUCCUGCUGAGGACCGGAGCCUCCAUACCGCUGCACGACCACCCGGGCAUGAACGGGAUGCUGAAGGUUCUCUAUGGGAAGGUGAGCGUCCGCUGUUUUGACAAGCUGGAGCAUAACCUGACUGUCAGCAGCGUCCCGCCUCAUUGUGAGCCUCCGUUGACUAUGUACCAGACGACCUCCCUGCGGCGCUCCGUGUUGCGCUCAGUCACAGAGUACUCGGAGAACAGUGGGCCGUGCCUCCUAACUCCUCUACGGGAUAACCUCCACCAGAUCGACACAGUGGAGGGGCCGGCUGCUUUCCUGGAUAUCCUGGCACCUCCAUACAAUCCAGAUGACGGGCGGGACUGUCACUAUUACAAAAUCCUGCAAACAUUGUCAGAGGGGGAAACAGAUAGAAAGAGCAACGAGGAGCAGCAGGGAGAGGAGAAGGAGAAAGAAGAGGAGACAUGGCUUCUUGAGAUCCCUCAGCCAGAGGACUUCUGGUGUGGUGGGGAACCCUACCCAGGCCCUGCAGUCUCUUUCUGAGAGAAGCCUCUGAUCAGAGGAACGACACUGCAGUGACAAUAUAGUGAUAUCCAUCAAUCUACAAGGGGAGACUUAGUUUAGCUCUGUUCCACAGGGAGGUCAAACAGGAGGGUUAUUAUUACCUGGAACCCAAAGGAAUUGGGCACUUGCUCUGGGAUGCUAUAGCAGGGCAGAGGCUUCUAGAAAUGGGAUUGAACUGCACAGAACAAGGACCUCUGAACUGCCUUUCACAAAUAAUCUUGUCAGUACUGAGUAAAGAGUUGGCACUAGGAAUUUGCCUUCCUAAAAUGGUAUUUUUCUCUGGACUAUUAUGUUGCCUUGUAUACACAUUAAUGUAAUUAGAAUGGUGGGGUCUCAUUAGGAUCUCUAUCUUUUACACAUUUGUUUUUCACUCUGCUGCAGAGGGCUUCCACAUUGUGACGUGUCUUAAAGCCAAGCCCUGUGACUCAGGACGUAGCUGCCUUAUUUGUGAAUAUGGAAUGUAUACUUAAGAGCGCCAUUUCAAUUGUACACACUUGUUUCUUCUUCCACAGUGCACACACUAUAUAUGAAUACUUUAUUUUUAUUAUAUGUGUUUAACUUAUUCCAGAUAACACGGUUCCUACACAGACCUUGUCAGUUAAGGGAUAAUAAACUGAUGUUCAGCUACUUCUAUGUAUUCUGUCAUGUAUUAUACUAUCAUUUCACCUACUGUAACGGGAUAUGGCGAUAUGGCCUGUAUGACUCCUCAUAUUUAAGACUAAUCAAAGUCUUCAAACCCAGUCCAGAAGAUAUAAAAAUAAUUACAUUUUAAAAUGGUAGCUGUGUUAGAUAACAUUUUCUUGGUAUAAAGCCAACACACAUACCCUUUCUUCACUGCCUAGACUACAUGUAGCUUGAUAAACACUAUAUCAGUAUCAUUCCAAUGUGUAUGUUACAUUAAUUUAGCUUAUAUCUUUACAGACAAAUGGAUCCUCUGGCCUAUUUUAGACAUUACACAGGUCUAUGUGCCAGUUUGACAAUGAUGCUGUUACUCUGAUGUUGAAUGUAUGUGAAACAAUAAAAUAAAUGGGAAUAAUCAUGGAA